AUGAAACUAGGCACAUGGCUAGCGGCAAGCGUGGUUGCGUGGGUAGUUGGGUUUGGCAGCGCAUUGAGCACUGAGAAGCUGGCGAAGCAGGCGGCGAAGGACGGUGGGAUAAUCAGGCUUACGAACGUGAACUUCAAGCGAAUUCUCUCAGGGCCACGCGAUGCGUUCAUUGUGGUGCUGAUGACGGCGACAAACCCGCAGAUUGGGUGCCAGCUGUGUACGGAACUAGGGCCAGAGUACGACACGCUGGCACAGGCGUGGAUGGAGACGCACAGCGGAGGCGUGAGCGCAGCGGAACCGCACCAGGGGUUGUUCUUCGCCAAGCUGGAUUUCGCUGUCCCCCAAUCGAAGGAGGUGUUCAGCCACUACCAGAUCAACAAUGUGCCGCGGCUGCUCCUGUUCCGCCCGGGCGGUGAUCUGGAUAGCUACGAGCCUCUCGGGAUUCCGUCGCAUACAGGCGGCGCACGGGUGCGGGCGAUCAUCGACACCCUCAAGAGUUACACCGGCAUCGAAGACUUCGAGUACCACGAACCAGUGAACUGGGGCCAGUAUGCCGCUAUCCUCAUGAUGGCCGUCCCCGUAGUAAUCAUGCUGCGCAACUACUGGUCGGUUGUGGUGUCCAUCGCCCUUUUCCGGCCUCUGUGGGGGUUCUCCUGCGUGUCGAUCGUCAUCGCACUUGUGAGCGGCGCGAUGUUCAACAAGAUUAAGGACACUCCCUACGUGGGCUCGUCCGGUGAUGGCAAUUACGUCCAGUACUUCGCAAUCAGGCAGCAACAGGUUCAGUUCGGGGUGGAAACUCAAAUCAUCUCCGUCAUAUAUGGCACCCUCAGCGCAGGAGUCGUACUACUUGCCAUUGGCACCAAAAGCAUCAGAGCUUACUACAUCAAGUACAACUAUAGCAUGCACGCGGUGGUGCACUUGUUGUUGUCCCUCGCCGCAAUACUGCUUAUCUAUAUCUCCUUCGCCGCCCUGCUCGCAGUCUUCAAACUGAAGAACUUUGAGUAUCCAUUCAGAUUAUUCAAAUCUCCCUUCCGUUAG